UAAGCUUAGCCUAGAGGCUAGAAUUCAUUCCGUUUAUUUCAAAAGUGAAACAAGGGAAGGAACAAAGUGAACAGUGAAAGCAAAGUAAAGCUUGGGAUUCGUGGUUGUCGCCAUGGACGAACCCUCGCCGACCGUCGACCCUCUGACGAAUCAAUUCGGAUCUCUGAACGACCUAUCCCACGAGCUGGCUUCUCUUCAAGACCUUGCCAUGCGCGGCUCCUGGCGUUCCAUUCUCGAUAAAGUUUCUGGAGCCCGUUCCCUUGACCUCCUAGCCAAACCCCACGACCACCUCAUCUACCUUUCCUACAACGUCCUUGCUCUCACCAAGCUCCGCCGCUUCUCCGACGCUUCCAACGAGCUUGACUCUCUCCACGACUUCAACAGCCACCAUUACAAAUAUGAAACCUACCCUAAGCUUUAUCACACCCGCUCCGGUUCUAUGGUCCCCUUCUCCCUCCGCUUCAUCAACGCCCAACUCCCCUUCAAGCUUGGGAAUCGCCAAGAAGGAUUAGAUCGCUUUUAUCUUUUGCUUAACUUUAUUCGUCAGAAAAUUAAAGAUAAGGGAAUUCAUAGUUUGCAGGAGUCUGUCAAAAUUUGGAGAAAAAGGGAAGUUUUUGUUUUACAUUGUUUAAUUGGGCAUCAUUUGGGGGCUAAGGAAUUCAAUUUAUGUCUAGAUUUGAUUAGGGAUUUGAUCAAUCAUGACUAUUUAGACCCGGUUUUAGUUUCCAAAUUAGGGUAUAUUCAGAUGCAGAUCGGGGAUUUUGAAGGGGCAAAAGGAUCAUUCCACCGUGUUGAGACAAUGUUAAAUGAAAGGAAGAAUGAUGAUUCUUCAGCUUUGAGUGAGGUUGAGUUCAGAAAUCUUGUGAAUAGAAACAAGGCCUUGGUUUUUUUAGUAGGCAAAGAUUAUGUUUCUGCAGUGAGGGAAUACGAGGAGUGUAUGGAAAGGGAUCCCGCAGAUGUUGUGGCUGUUAAUAAUAAGGCGCUUUGUUUGAUGUAUUUGAGAGAUUUGUCAGAUUCAAUUAAGGUAUUGGAGAAUUCACUCGAAAGAGUACCUACCGUGGCAUUGAAUGAGACUUUGGUGGUCAAUUUGUGUAGUAUGUAUGAGUUGGCAUAUGUUAAUCACUCAGAGAUUAAGAGGACUUUGAGUAAUUGGAUUGCUCGAGUCGCUCUUGAUGAUUUUGACGCAUCCUGUACCAGGGUUUGAGUCUUUGUGCCAAAAACAAAACACCAUUUGAUGCCCUUUAUGGUCUGAUGAAUCUGAAUUUGAGCAGAUUUUGACGAGUAAAGAUGCAGAGAGUUGGUUCAAAACAGGGCUUGCGAGGUUCAACUUAUGGUGCCAGCCGAACCUAUAGAAUUCAUUCUCAAGUUUACUACCUCUUUUACGGUUUCCAUUCUUUUACGGAAAGGAGAAUACAUGCAGUGGUUUUAUUAAAAUUUAAGAUUUUGUAACUUUCCCAUGGAACGAUGUGAGAUGGAGCUUUGUCUAAUCCAUGAACGUCGGAUGGCUUUUUAGAAAAUAGAAUUUGAAAAUCAUGAAUAUUUGUGCUGUUGCUAGAACUCAGUUGAUCCUCAUUCUGGAGAAAGCCCUGCUGUAAUGUACCUGACAACAAGUGCAUGUGUAUGUGGUUCAAUUUUUUGGAGUUCUUUGAUGUUUACCAUUUAGCAUAAUUAUAAAUUUAGUUUUUAAUCUUUA